AAGAUACUAGGAGGUCGUGGCCGUGGCCUUUAAGUUUAAGCUCCCGAGCACGUUGUGCUGCCUCAGCGGAGGGGCCCAGCGCUAAGCUUUACGGGCUGUAGACACACUGGUCAGGGCUUGGUGCCGCACCAUCCCUGUAUCCCGGGUUAACCUUGUGUUGAGGAUAGUCUGGAAGCGUGCCCAGCCGCCCAUGCUGCCCUUGUGGCAGUGACGACGGGACCACGUCAGGGAGACAGAGCUGACUCCUCAGAAGGACCAUCAGAGAGCCACCCACAAAAGCAGGUCUGAGUACAGCCGUAUGUCCUCAACCAGCAGUGAACUUUCUCUGGAAGGCAUACAAGAUCCAUUCCUUGUUAGUGUACAUAUUAUCACAGACCCAGGUGAAUCCAAGACUCUUCAGCAAGCCAUUGAUAAGCUUCUAGCCUGGAUCCAUCCAGACCUCCAGCUGUUUCGAGUCUCAGAAAGACGAGCACCCAAGAAGCACAGGAAGCCAGGUAAGGCUGGUGUUUCUCAGCCAGCCCUUGCCAUCAUUCUGUUUCUGCAGGAGGAAUAUGGAGAAGAGCCGAUCUUGCAGCUCCACAAAACCUUUCAGCAACCGCCUUGGCAUUACCACCACACAGAGCGAGUGCAUGGGAAGUUCCUCCCUUACAUGCCAUGCAGCCAGGACUUUUACACUUUGGCUCCAGAGACUCCUCUGUGGGCCAUUCGCCCAGUGCACUAUGGGAAAGAAAUUAUCCGCUUCACUAUAUACUGCAGGAGUGAAAACUUUGUUGACAUUUUGAAAUUGUACGAGUUAAUACUGAAAAGACCGGUAUGUCAGAAAAAAGCAGACUUUUGUGUUUUUCCCAUCUAUUCUAACAUGGAAAUAGACAUUCAGUUUUCUUUAAAAAAACUUCCAAAGGGCCAGGUGCCAAUGCCAACAGAUUCAGCAGUGCUGGAGUUCAGAGUAAAAGAUGUGGGGAAGCUUGUGCCUCUCUUGCCCAACCCUUGCAGCCCCAUCAGUGAAGGCAGGUGGCAGACAGAAGACCAUGAUGGGAAUAGGAUCCUUUUGCAGCAAACACGCAGUUGGUGUAGGAAGUCUGCAAAGCAGAACAAGCAACCAUAUCCAUCUGCACCAACAGAUUCCUCCUUCACCACUCUGCCAGACUUUCUUCCUCAGAGCCACCAAUCUGUCCCUGAACAACCAAAAGAAAUGGGUCAAAACAAGGUACAUCACGCAAACGGCCUCGGUCAUUUUCUUGGCUUCUCCCAGCAGGACUUGAGACACAGUGAUCAAGGAGACUUCACACGCAGAUCCAGCAGUGCCUCCAGCAUUUCAUGGUCAUUUCAACGAAGCAAGUCUCUGUUCUGCUUGCCCACAAUGAAAUCCUCCUCAUCCUCAGAGACUUUUCAUUUCAAUGAACCAUUUAAGUUUUUAAAUACUGGGUCACCUGCAACCAGAUUAAAAACAUGGAGAUGCAGCCCCAGGCUUAACAUUGAUGACUUGGAGGGUGCUCAGGAGACUGAUGUAGACACAGGGAUGAAGCUGUCCUUCUCAGACCUGUCUGUGGUCUCUGCAUACUCUGCCCUUAAUGGAUUUUGCAAUGACUUGGAAGUCUCUCUUCCCCCACAGAAACAAACUGUCAAUAAGGCUGAACAGGUGGCCACCAGUGGAAGGCCUGUAUCAGCCAUGUGCAAUAACUUUGAGUCAGUUGAUGGUUCACUGCCUUCUCUUUCUGAAUGGCCUUCCAUCUCAUUUACGUCAGCAUCUGUCUCCAAGCAGCCCAAAAAGUCCUUGAGAACAGCUCCUUGUUCUCUGGAUGGUCAUGGCAGUGUUUGCCCAGCUUCACCAGCUAACGAAGAAGAAUUUUACAUCUGAGGUUUCUCUAUCUUACACCUUCCAGGGCAAACAUGUUCUUCUUGCGAAUGACAGCAGUGUGCCCACCUUGAGCUUGCAGAAGAUUCCUGCUGAGGAGAGGUGGUGCAGCAGAGCAUACUAAAUAUUUGAAGAAAGUACUUGGAUUCCUCAGAGAUGGUUGUCACCAAACUCUGUACAGUAAAGCAGUCUGAGCUUGUGCCCUGUACCUUUAUAUCGGAGGAGAUGAUUAGCACAGAGGUUUGGCUGUGCAAGGUGGAUGGUUUCUGUGACUGACCCUUGGACUGGUGGUGAUGGAAAUACCAGAAGAGACAAACAAUAAUCCAGUUUUCUUUGGCAGAAAAUGAAAAGUAAUUUGUGACACCAAACUUCUUUAACUUCCCCGAGAAAUUCCCUUAAAUCAGGAAAGAUGGGAGGACAAAGGGGUCUUCUUUCCCUUUCACAAGUUCCAAAAGCAGAUCUAAGCACAGCAGGUCACAGUAGCACAUCUUCAGUUGAGUCGGGCAAGACGUUUCCUGUGAGGACAUAAACGGUUCCUUCUGACCUCUUGACAGUUGACAUUGCUGAGGCAGGGAGACAUUUCACUCCAUCUCCAGGGAAGAGGAAGCUCUGCUGUGUCUCUCGCUUUGACAGUCCAGGAUGCAGAAAGUGCCAAAAGGAAAACCUUAAGGAACAUUUUCAACCCAUCCCCUCAAAAAGUCCAUCCUUUACAAUUGGGAGUCAUGUGGAUUGUUGUCUGAACUGCUUGUGUGGACAGUGGUAACCCAAGGAAACAACGUUUGCUGCUUCUAACUCAGGCAAUGCAGAGCUUACUUUUAUGGAAUACAAAACAAAGAAGACAACUCAGCAUUUUUAUUUAUUGCUACUCCACUAGUCCCAAAUAUAUGGCAGCUCCCUAUUUUUAAGGGGUUAUUUUUCUGCUAAAAAUAAUAAAAUGCAGAAACUUAUUCUUCACAUUUCCUGUGCAAGCUUACUUCUAAGUAAAACACUUUCUUCUCAAAUACCUCUCUCCAAAGGGAGAACAAGUGAAAUUUUACUGGCUUUUUAAGUGAUGUUUUUAAAAUGCACAUUCUUGAUAAUCUGUUUUGAUCCAAUUCAUUCGGUAUUUAAAAAAAAGGUAAAAAGCUGUUAAUAAGACAGCUAAGUACCUUCACCAGGAUUUAAGUUGUAUAUACAGAUUUCAUCAUGCAUGUUCUGAGAAGUUGCAUUUUUGGCAGAGAGGUGGUAUUGAUUGCAGCUCUGGUCUAGCUAGUGAGAAAAUGACAUGUUAAAAGAUGCAUGUAUAAUGCGGUAUGUAACCCAUAUACAGAUAGAGAUGCUGAAGACCUACCAUAAUGGCGUUGCAGUGGAUGGAAUAAAAACUCAUUGUGGAAACAAAUGUUUGCUGUAUCACCAGGUAGUUUUACUCAGAAGAAUUGCUGCUUUGGAAAAAAAAAAAAAAAAAAAGGAACAGCUCCCUCGACCCAUUUAAGUGAAUGCACAGUUUGUAUAAACAAUUCUGGAAGAAAGCCUGGGGGAAAUUGAGUACAGGUUUACAGGAGAGGAAGGGGAAUUCCAUUAAACCUGCACCCCCAAUACAGAAGAGGCCAGAGGGAUAGUCAAGAGUCAGGAUGCUGCUCCUUGAGGUGUUUUCCUUUUGCUGUCAUUUUCUCCACAAAGGGAAAGAGGCAACAGGCUGAAGUCCAAGUUUCCUCUUUGUGAGAUGCUAUCAUAGCAUGUACCAGAGGUAGACCUUGUCUUUUGUGCUAGACGCAAUGUAUGAAUAGGAAAAUCUAUUCAAGAUCUAAGAGCACGGGAGAUUAUCAGCCUCCUCCUGUCCUCAAAACUGUUUAGGCUUACUGCAGUUUUGGGUAAACUGUUCUCUUAAGAAAUGUCUGGGACCAGACAAAUGAAGGAUUUGUCAUGGUGUGCAUGUGUUUACCUGCUCUAUACUCCUUCAGAGUCCGCGCAGUCUUUCCUCAGACUUUUGUGGCCUUUAGAUCAAACCCCCUCUGAACACAACAGACCCGUUUUCUCCACAGUUGUGCUCUAUGUUAUUGUUUGUACCACAUCAAAAUAUGUUUAAAACACUGUGAGGUCAGACCAGCAGUUUUAUCCAUCAGCUUGCAAUUCACCAUAUGAGCAGCAAUGCCUAGGACAGUCAGGUUUAAACUUAUGGUUCAUUAUUUUCUGUCAUAUUCGUGAUAGUAAAAAAAUAAAUUAUGAAAUAGCAUUGUAUAUUUAUGGGACAGUCAUUUUAUCAACACUAGCCACUUCCAGAUAUAACAAGCAACAGGAUGCAUUUGGUUCAAAUCUGUUAAAAAUUUUAGUAUUCAUUAUUUGGAACAGGGG